AUGGCCGCCGCGUUCGCGGGCAGCGCUGCGCGCGAAACAGAGAACCUGCGACCUCCUGAAGCUGUUCACCUCACACAGAACGGAACUCGUCAGAACGACCGUCCCCGCCACGCUCAGUCACAAACUUCCCUCCGCUCUCAGUCUCAGAUCGCUUCCGUCCCGUCGCAUACUGGUCAGCCGCACGCCGAUGUCGCUGAGGAACUUGCUUGGGGCCCGGCUCACCCUUGUUUUCCGCAUAUUAAUCCCCAUGUGCCUAUCGGGUCGAGGGAGCAUAUGACAACGCGUGUGAUUCGGAUCCGGCGCGAUUGGAUGAUUAAGGGUGAUUUGGCGCCGACGUUUUCGAAUCUGUAUCCUGAGAUUCUCGAUCCGUUGUUGUCGGAGCAGGAGUUCCGACGGGUGAUUUCUACCGUCAAUGAUGGCAUUGUCAAGGCAUUUGACCCGUUCAGUUUUCGCAAUUGGUUCGAUGGCGCAUUGGGUUUGUUGACUGGCUGGGUAUGGGAUGAUAUCAAUGCCCCCGCGACGAAAAGCCAAUUACAGCAUGUCGAGGCUUGGUUGGAGACUUGGAACCGUGAGGUCGGCGCCAAGGAUGGUGUUCAUAUCUGGAGCUUGAGGCGGACGGCGUAUAUGUCACUUGAUAUCCAGAUUCCCGAUCCCAAGGUUGGCAUCGUCCCCAGUGAGGCACCUUCGGCUCCUAAUACCAGGCCGAGUACUGGUAUCGGGGCUGGAUCUUGA